AUGUAUCUCAGCACGGCCAACAGGGCCAAAGCACCGCCGCCCUGCCACGCGCUGUCUCUCGCUGACCAGCAGCUGGGAGCCGCGGGCUCAGUAGAGCUGACAGGUGGAGCUGACAGGGUGAGCUCAGCAGCUAGCUCCAGGGAUAGCUGUUCACGGGCCGAGCUACACAGAGACUGUGACCAGCAGCUGGGAGCCGCGGGCUCAGUAGAGCUGACAGGUGGAGCUGACAGGGUGAGCUCAGCAGCUAGCUCCAGGGAUGGCUGUUCACGGGCCGAGCUACACAGAGACUGUGACCAGCAGCUGGGAGCCGCGGGCUCAGUAGAGCUGACAGGUGGAGCUGACAGGGUGAGCUCAGCAGCUAGCUCCAGGGAUGGCUGUUCACGGGCCGAGCUACACAGAGACUGUGACCAGCAGCUGGGAGCCGCGGGCUCAGUAGAGCUGACAGGUGGAGCUGACAGGGUGAGCUCAGCAGCUAGCUCCAGGGAUGGCUGUUCACGGGCCGAGCUACACAGAGACUGUGACCAGCAGCUGGGAGCCGCGGGCUCAGUGGAGCUGACAGGUGGAGCUGACAGGGUGAGCUCAGCUAGCUCCAGGGAUGGCUGUUCACGGGCCGAGCUACACAGAGACUGUGACCAGCAGCUGGGAGCCGCGGGCUCAGUAGAGCUGACAGGUGGAGCUGACAGGGCGAGCUCAGCUAGCUCCAGGGAUGGCUGUUCACGGGCCGAGCUACACAGAGACUGUGACCAGCAGCUGGGAGCCGCGGGCUCAGUAGAGCUGACAGGUGGAGCUGACAGGGCGAGCUCAGCAGCUAGCUCCAGGGAUGGCUGUUCACGGGCCGAGCUACACAGAGACUGUGACCAGCAGCUGGGCGCCGCGGGCUCAGUAGAGCUGACAGGAGCUGACAGGGCGAGCUCAGCAGCUAGCUCCAGGGAUGGCUGUUCACGGGCCGAGCUACACAGAGACUGUGACCAGCAGCUGGGCGCCGCGGGCUCAGUGGAGCUGACAGGAGCUGACAGGGAGAGCUCAGCUAGCUCCAGGGAUGGCUGUUCACGGGCCGAGCUGCACGGAGACUGUGACCAGCAGCAAGGCGCCGCGGGCUCAGUAGAGCUGACAGGAGCUGACAGGGUGAGCUCAGCUAGCUCCAGGGAUGGCUGUUCACGGGCCGAGCUGCACGGAGACUGUGACCAGCAGCAAGGCGCCGCGGGCUCAGUAGAGCUGACAGGAGCUGACAGGGUGAGCUCAGCUAGCUCCAGGGAUGGCUGUUCACGGGCCGAGCUGCACGGAGACUGUGACCAGCAGCAAGGCGCCGCGGGCUCAGUAGAGCUGACAGGAGCUGACAGGGCGAGCUCAGCUAGCUCCAGGGAUGGCUGUUCACGGGCCGAGCUGCACGGAGACUGUGACCAGCAGCAAGGCGCCGCGGGCUCAGUAGAGCUGACAGGAGCUGACAGGGUGAGCUCAGCUAGCUCCAGGGAUGGCUGUUCACGGGCCGAGCUGCACGGAGACUGUGACCAGCAGCAAGGCGCCGCGGGCUCAGUAGAGCUGACAGGAGCUGACAGGGUGAACUCAGCUAGCUCCAGGGAUGGCUGUUCACGGGCCGAGCUGCACGGAGACUGUGACCAGCAGCAAGGCGCCGCGGGCUCAGUAGAGCUGACAGGAGCUGACAGGGCGAGCUCAGCUAGCUCCAGGGAUGGCUGUUCACGGGCCGAGCUGCACGGAGACUGUGACCAGCAGCAAGGCGCCGCGGGCUCAGUAGAGCUGACAGGGUGA